AUGCCUUCCUCCGAGUCCUUUAUGUUUCCCGAAGAGGAUCAAAUGACCGAUAUGUUCUCUUCCUGCGAGUUUAAUUCCGCGUUUCACUUCAACGAAGCCGCCAAUGUCAAUUCACCGAUGAAAGAUGUUGGUAUCAUGGAUUUCCAAGGAGGCGAUGGUGAUGGCUCUACGAUGUAUGGCGGCUCUGGGUAUACUUUCCCCCAACACCCUGGUCAGGUUAUUCCCACUACGAAUAAGCCAAAAUCCCAACUACCUUCACACCGGGGAUCGACUUCUUCCUCAUCAUCGUUGAGAAGCACCGACUCGGGUUCGCCUCAGACUUCAGUACACGCGACACCGAUCAAAACUUCUCCUGGCGAAUGGCCAGAAGAUAUUGGUGGUAAUGAGGACGAUUUGAGUAUGGACUCCUCUAUUGAUAUGUCUCAAUUCCUCACCUUGUCUGGUGAAACGAGCAGCCCAACUCCCCCUGUUCCAAACGAGCUAUCGCCAGAAUCCCACACCUCCACCGAACCUUUGUCUCAAGGGCGCGCUGUUAAGAGACGAAGAGCCCGGUCGAAGCGGCGCACGGGACAGGUAUCGAGUCGGUUGCCGAGCAAAGUCACAAGUCAGGGUCUAAGCGAGCUAUCCCCUGUUUCGGCCUAUAUCCCCAGCACUGAGUCGUCACCAGGUACUGUGUAUACCAACAUGCCGUCGCCUGAUGGGAAUUUCAACAAUUUUGGGGAUACUCUUGGCGGUAUGAACAUGCCUGCAAACUGGACACCCAUAGUGAAUGGUCAGAUUGGCAAUCAAUUGUUCCCAGUGUCAACUUCCGAUUCUACCUAUAUACCGCAAGUUAAUCACUAUAACCCGCCCAACAGUAACACACCAGCACCCAUAUCACAUUCGUUAUUGCCUAGAUUAGUGAUACAUCCCAUGCCAGCUAAGUCCCGGGUCGAAACACAAAUCCCGCUUAAGAUUACUUUGCAUAAUCUCCCAAAGGGGAUAAAGAGGGUACAUCUUCCGACUCACACGAUAGCUAAGCCGAAAUUGUUGCAAAAACCUCCAACAGGACCAAGCCCGGACAUGCUAGAAUUGACAACAAUGUUGGUCUGUACAAGUGCCAUGACCGAUGAAGGGAAACAGAAGCGAGCAUUCACACGUGCUGCUGGGAAAUCUAACAGCAAUGAGCCGAAUAAUUCUAUUGAUGGCAGUGAGGAUGAAGAGAACAAGCCACAGAAUGGAGGUGAGGUACGAAUAUGUAAUGGGUGCAUCACACGGGAAAGGAAACGUGCUGGCCGGAAAAAGCAUAAGAAGCCGGAGGAAGAGGAACUUUGGGAUCGGUACGAACGGGAGCGAGCCAUUGUCUUCAAUACGCUGGAGGUUAAAGAAUGGCAAACCGUCACAGCGGUCAUGGCCGACCCCACCGGAGCUGGACUUAGAGAGGCCAUUCGUGAAGGCACAGUGCAAGUUGACGCCCCCAUGCGCAUAGCGUGUUACUGUCGCCAUCAUGGCGAGAAACUCGGGUUUCAAGUGAUUAUUACACUCAAGGACUAUAAUGGGAAUGUCGUCGCCCAGGGUAUGUCAUCUUCAAUAAUGAUAACAGAUGAUCACAAGACUCCUACCCAUACUGGCCCUACCACUACAACCCAACUGGAGCAGUCGCCUCAACCCCUGACUGCCAAUGCAUCGCCGACAUCGUUGCAGUCAGGUGCUCCUCAGCCGCCGACGACACAGCCCACGUCAAUGGCACCUAGCGGUGCCCAGACAUUGGUUCCCUUUCAGUCACAUUCUGAUGACGUUUCUGCUCUGCCUUUCCGUCAGAAUCAUUCUACAUCAGAUUUACGAACCCACGAGCAAGGCUGCUCCUUGGAUAUGUCCUUUGGUCCACACGGAAGCAGUUCACAAUUGACAUCAACAACAGCAACACCACACAAUCUCUCGCGCCAAACGUCGCCGGCUAGUCCUUUAAGUACAAGUAGUAGAAAAAGAAAGGCCAGUAUGGUUGGUAAGGUACCUGCCGGCCUUGCUAUGACGAAGAUUGAACCAAGUCAGCCAUCACCACCAAUGGCCCAUAGCAUUCAGAAUGAGUCCGCUGUCAUAUCUGCAGGAACAUCGCCGUUCUCAGCAGCUAUGGCACAUACACCGUUACAUGGUGAUCUCUCGAAUCCAAGCCAACAGCACAUACUCAAUACUGUAUCCCAUCAAUCGCUUGGUGCGGGGCCAGUCACUCCAAACAAUAACGGGCCAGAGCCCUUCGUUUUCACUGGAAUGAACAACAGAGUCAUGAACAUAGAACGACCGGUUCAUCAGUUAUUCUCUGCUCCAGUAUCUGCACAUCCCAGCCGUGCCCCCAGCCCAAGCCAGCUUAGACCUGAAGGCAUGCAUCAUUCCCAAAUAUCCCAAGAUAUGCUUCCCGUACCUAUAGCGCCACCACCGUCUAUACUCAGAAUAAUUCCUAACGAGGGAUCAAAAAGCGGAGGUGCCGAGAUUACCGUUCUCGGCAGUAAUUUUACGAAUGAUGGCCUGGAAGUUUAUUUUGGACAAAACAGGGCAAUAACCACGACGUUCUGGGGACCGACAUCCCUUGUAUGCAUGCUUCCGCCCUCGCCGGUACCAGGUCCUGUUCCUGUGUCAAUAAAACAACCCGGAAGACGACCGGUCCCACAAUCUGCUCUUUUCACCUACAAGGAUGACGAAGAGAACGAACUCAUCCGCACUGCGCUUUCAAUACUGGCAGGCCAGUACGGGACAAUGGGCGCAGAUCCUAUAGGAAUUGCCAGGCGUAUCUUAUUCUCACAAACUUCGGCAUCUGGGUCAAAUAAUCAAUCUCUCCAUGGUAAUGGCAACAAUCCCUUUACCCACCUCCGUUUGGAGUCUGGGGAGGCUGUCGAAACCAGUCUUCUUCGGGUUCUUGAAGUGUUAGAUCUUGAUGAGAGUGCUGACACAGCUCGAAUUAACCUCCGGGGCCCUAGUGGGCAGACUAUGCUACAUCUAGCAUGCUCACUUGGGUUUAUACGUUUUGUUGCUGGUCUAUUAUCCCGGGGCGCCAGAGUGGAUGUCAGGGACAAGGGAGGGUUCACCCCACUUCACAUGGCAGCAAUGAAUGAUCGCCCUGAGAUUGUACGUCGACUUAUUGCUAAAGGGGCGGACCGCAAUCUGCAGUCUCGAUCUGGCCUCACACCUAUGGAUGUCGCUGGAUCCACAGCUGUCUGUCAGACUCUACAACAUGGCGAAACUCGUGUUCGUUCUCGAAGUGAGUCUCGCCUUAGCCGGGCUAGUAGUCGCACCUCUAUGCGAUCCCUCUGGGAAUCUUCUACGAUGCCACCAAUGCAUCGCCAAGAAGUUUUGCCGGGCAAAUUCGAUUCAGUGGGGAGUGUCAAUGACGGCGAUUCUGAUGAAGAGGUCAUGACCGAGAAUGUCACAGAUUGGCUUAAUAAAGGCCGCACCCUCUCUGGACUACGUCGUCGGUCUACCGUGGAAACGCAUCCAGUGAAUGAAACAGAACAAGGCCCAGCUUCUCCUGGUGCCACAAUGGCGGCUAUUCGGGAACAAUUUGCAGCCCAGCUGCAGCAAUUUCAACAUUCCAUGGCAUUACAUCUUCAAAACCUACCCCAGUUCCAGAUGCCCAACAUGCCGCAGAUCCCGAACCUCCCCAAUCUUCCGCCUAUGCCCGUAUUGCCUAAUUAUCAAGCUUAUAUACAGUCGGCUCCGAUGAUGCAACGAAUCAGUUCACUUGUUCCUAACAUGCGUACACAACGACCAGAUUCUCCGCAGGAUCCUGCAAGCAACACUAGCGAAAACAAAUGGGGGGUCUUGCAGUUUUUUGGAAACAAAGAGUCUCCUCCGGCUUAUGAAGACAUCUUUCCCCAGAAGGGUCUCGAUAUUAAACAGUCAUCGGCUGCUCAAGCCGCUGCGGACUUCGAAGCUAAUACGAAAUGUGCCUCCCUAUUCGAUCAAGAGCAAGGUCAAGAUCAAGAUGUCGCGGAGAGCUCUCAAUCCCAAGAAGUCCCUGCUGUCCUUCAGAUCGGACGCAAGCAUCUUAUUACUAAAGAGCAACAAGAGACUCUUCAGAGAGCUCAUGCUCAAAGGCUCAAGGCGGGUAGCAGUGAUAAGAUGCUCUGGUUUGUCUGGAUCCCUAUUUUAGUGCUUGUUCUUGGUGCCAUGCUUUGGAGUGGUGCCCCUACACUAGUUUCCAGUACAACUAGUGCUAUCAAGACACUCGGUGGUCUUAUAACAAAUCCACGAGAUAUCAGUAACCGAGUCCGCAACAUCGUCCAAGAGCUAGUUUAA